AUGGUUACGACUUUACCCGAGGAAUCUACAGGCGUUUCUCUCCCCCUCGAUGUUCUCUCCAACAUAGCCUCUCUCAUACACCCGCCCUUCGUAGCUCCUCCCCCACCUUCCGAACCGACUUCCAUCCCUCAGAUCGAUGUCAUACACAAUGUCGAUCCGACUCCCCCACUCCCUCAAAGUCAUCUUCAGCUCCUCUCCCUUAUGACCAGGUCGUCCUCACGCGCUUUGGAAGCUGCUCGACCAUGGCUAUGGGAGGAUGUAGAUGUGCAGACUGGUAGAGGGUGGCUAGCAAUAGUCAACGCCCUGACGGAAGAGAUCAUAGAGAUUGAGGAGGUCAUGCCUGAAGCUGGUCCAAGCACUGUUUCCCAACCCGCUUCGGCCGCCUCCGAACCUAUUCCAAUAUCUGGACCCGAGGCUCACAAGGCUCCUGCGACCAUAUCCAGUGGAUUCUCAAGCUAUAUCUCAACUCCACCUUCUUCUGUUUAUCCCAACCCCUAUGGCGAUCUCACCAGUAUUCCUCCUUUAUCCUACUCUCCACCUCAGCCUUCCCACAUCCGUGAACUCCUUACUCCCCCCGGAUCGAGGAACUCUUCACCUCACCCUGCAUCUUCCUCCUCUACAUCGUACUUUGAUCCUUCCUCACCUUCUCCACCACCUCUCAUACGAGGCGUUUCUCAUCCCGGUCCAACCGCACUGAAAACGACUUCCAGGCUUCGGGGUCGAUCGAGAAGUCCCCGUCGAACUGUCAAUUUCGAUACGGAGAGCAUCUCAUCGGUUCUCACGCGAAGCAGAAGCAACAGUUCGAACAUCGCUGGUGGGAGUGGUUUUCUCAGACGUCAGACAAGUUUGUCGAAAGCACACCACUACGACGAUGUAGACGAGGAUGACGUUGACGAAGUGCAAGAUGAGAUAACUCCCCUGAGAGGGCUUGCAGAAAUGAAAAGUCCCGUCAUCACCGCAAGGGGCACUGCAGAACAGAAAGAAAAUGUCAAUCCUGAUUUGUUACCCCCGCCUGGUCCAUAUAUCCGACAUCUGAGCUUUACCAACUUCAGAACGAUAGGAAGUAGACGCAGUCAGGAGGAAGCCGUUAGAGGGAGAUUCGUCACCGGUGGUAGAUUGGAAGGAGUUAUCAAAAACGCUCCCAAUUUGGUGUCCCUCUGUAUGACGGAAUAUGUCGACUCUGCGCUUAGCUAUCCUGUAAUUGAAGAACUCUUUUUCCGUGGAUAUCGAAAGCCCCGCUACCAUUCCCCAUCAAAAUCCCUCUCACGAGUACGGUCAUUAUCGGUUGGACCAGCCCAAUCCCUUGCUGGAUCGGAUUACGAUCAGCUUGAUCCCCCUCGUCCAACCUACGCUCCAUACGAGGAUGAAACUGAAGACGAAAAGUGGAGAAGGAGAUCAAUGUUUACCCCUCUCGAGGCACUUGACCUGACUGGCUGUGUCUCUAACAACUACACUGAGGCGAUGAACCGGUUCUUCGAUACUUGGCUGAUGCCAGACGAAGAUUCUGCUACAGACGAUGAUCGAGGUCGUGAGCGAUCGAGAGGAAGACAUAGAGGUAGACACGGUGGAUACACUACUCCCGAAGUGACUGAGGAUGAGAGUGAUGCUCAUGCUCAUCGACCAAAGAGGAAGUUCCCGAAGUUCAGAGCAUUGCGAAGAUUAUCACUCAGAGCUUGUACAAGACUGGAGCCACCUGUGAUUACCGGUCUCGUCUUUGCCUGUCCCAACCUCACCCACCUCGACUUAUCCGGUACUCGCGUACCCUCAGAUCUCCUUGCUUACCUCACUGAAAGAUGCCCCCGGUCGUUACGACUCACCUCGUUGAGCUUGGCCCGAUGUCCCCGACUCGACCCUCAGAUCAUCGUCGAUUUCCUCUGCCGAUGUCCCGCCGCCCGUGAUCUCGUCGACCUCAACUUGUUUGUCAACCCCACUCAGGGAAAUGUCAUCGAGCAGAACGACCUGAUGCGACUCGUAACCGAAGCUCCAUGUAUCAAAUCUGGGCGACUGAGGUACCUCGAUUUAUCUUCUGCUCGAUUCACUCCUGCUCAUUUGUCCAGAGAAGUCUUCCCCCAACAACCAAGCUUGAUCAGUCUGGGUUUAUCACAUAUACCUACCCUCAGUUUACCUCCUAUCGCCGAAUUCCUUCUAAACGUCGCUCCGAAUGUUGAAAUCCUCACACUUACCGGUACAGCUACUACCUCAUCUCUCGAUCCAUCUUUAUCACCUCUACAACUUACCUUGGAACUCCAUGCGAGACUUAUCAACCCUUUAACUACUGUCCCAUUCUCUUUAUCUAACUUGAAUAUCUCAGGUGCACUGCAAGGACCCAAUCUCAAUCCUGGUCCAACUCGAUUACGCGUAUUGGAACUUUCACCCAAUAUCCGCAGGAGUAUCACACCAAAUGGAGAAUGGCAAGUGGUGAGAUCAAAAGGAGGUAGAGGAUGGUAUGUCGACUUGUCGUGUGGAUGGCGUAGAUUAGAUGGUGAUAUUGAAGGUAAAGAGGGAUGGGAAUUUGUGAGGCACUUACCACGUCAGGAUCCGAGGAGGAAAUGGUUAAAUCACCUGAGCGACAGUAACGGAAAAGUGGGAAGUAAUGUCGGUUGGCAUAGUAGGAAGAUGGAGGUGGUCAAGGGUAUGGGUAUGAUGGGUAGGGAAGAAGGUCUGGCGGGUGUAGGUGCAUUUGCUUUUGAGGAAUAA